AUGACUGUCCGUCCCCCUUCAUUUUUCCCACCCAUUUACCCCUUUAAUGUGAUAUUGAUCGAAAAAAGACACAAUCACAUAUACAUAAUCGUCAGUCACCCCCUUCACCAAAUAGCGCCAUCAGAAAUCGAUAGUCCACCAAAAACCAUCGGCUACCGCCGCCAUUUCCGGCUAGGGUUUCUGUUGAAACAUAAGCUGACGAAAUACCGCCAACUGCCUACCUCCACAUCGACCUCCACCUCUAGCCAUGCUCUGACAAAAUUGUUUCCGCCUGAUACACUCUUCGUGUUCAAUCCUCCGUAUCGCAUGGUUAGGAUGACGAAAAAGAAGGAAAAAGAAGAAGCAAGGUUGUGUCACGCUGCAAAGAGUGUCAAUGAGCAUGGGACGGUUCACAUGAUUGUCCCUAGAUCUUUAAGAAGUUGCUAUCCAACAAUUAGGUGGAGCAUUGAGAAUUUCAAGUAAGUUCAGGAUUUGGAAUAGAAGGAUGAUUUCUUCAAGGCUAAAGGUGAGUUCAUAGUUUUAACUCAAUAAGGUUGCAUGAUUGAAACGUACAAUCCGUAGAUGGUGAUUUGAUUCACUUUAGGAUGAUCAUGUCAUUAC